GCGAGAGCGAGCAAGCAAUACCCAGCCUGCAAUUCAAAGUAGACUUCUCUCUCUCCGGACCCGGUUCGCGCUGCCUCUUGUGUCCCCAGGAAUGAGAAGCGAUGUCCGGCUCUGGCAACGAGGAGAAAACCUUCCGAAGGUUCCUGGAGCUCUUCCUCCGGGAGAUGAGGCCACCGCUGCAGGAAGACCAACCGCUCCCGAUGCGCCCUUUGUCGGAUCUCAUAUCGGACGACGAAGUGGAGGGAGAGUGCAUCGACCUGUGUCUUCAGCACCUGUGCAAAUAUAACUGCCCGUUCUCCUUGGCGGCGGGGCUGGCGCGUGGCACAGCUGAUGCCGUCCUGCAGAGUGACCUGUCUGGGUACCAGAACAGCAAACCCACCGAGGAGGGCACGGAGCCAUUCCCUCAGCUGGACUCGGUGAAGGUGGCUCGACUGGCGUUCAAUAAGCUGUUUGAGACGUGUUACGCGUGGCUGAAGGAGUUCCCGUACCGGCGCCGGGCCCAGCCGUACUACGAGACCUCCAUCCACGCCAUCAAGAACAUGCGCCGCAAGAUGGAGGACAAGCACGUGGUCAUCCCCGAAUUCAACAGGCUCUUCAACCUGCAGGAUCAGGAGGAGCAGGCGUUCUUCGCGGUGUUUGACGGUCACGGCGGCGUGGACGCUGCUACCUACGCCGCCAACCACCUGCACGUCAACCUGGUGCACCAGGAGAUGUUCCAGCAGGACCCCGCCGAGGCCCUCUGCAAAGCCUUCCGCGUCACCGACGAGCGCUUCGUGAAGAAAGCAUCGCGAGAGCACCUGCGCUGCGGUACCACGGGCGUGGUGACGUUUGUGCGCGGCCGCACGCUGUACGUUGCCUGGCUGGGAGACUCGCAGGUGAUGCUGGUCAGGAAGGGUCAGCCAGUGGAGCUCAUGAAGCCACACAAGCCGGACAGAGAGGAUGAGAAGCAGAGAAUUGAGGCACUUGGAGGGUGUGUUAUCUGGUUUGGCACAUGGAGGGUCAACGGCAGCCUGUCCGUAUCCAGAGCUAUAGGCGACUCGGAGCACAAGCCCUACAUCUGCGGCGACGCGGACCACGGUGAGUUUGCGCUGGACGGCUCGGAGGACUACCUGAUCCUGGCGUGCGACGGCUUCUACGACACGGUGGGGCCGGACGAGGCGGUGCGCGUGGUGAGCGACCACCUGGCGGAGAACGCCGGUGACACGGCCAUGGUGGCCCACAAGCUGGUGGCGUGCGCCCGCGACGCCGGCUCCAGCGACAACAUCACCGUCAUCGUGGUCUUCCUGCGCGACCCGCGCGCGCCGCCGCCCGGCGACCACGGCCCCACGCCCGACGACCAGGAGAUGGCGCCCGCCGCGCCCGAGGACCCGGCGACGGAGGACCAGGAGGCUGAGGGGGAGCCGGGGACCGGGGAGAUGGGUUGCCACGACAACGGAGGAGGCGGGAAGGGCCGGGCGGCCGGAUGGCCUCUGCAGCAGUGCUCGGCGCCGGCGGACCUGGCCUACGAGGACCGCAUGGAUUCCUUCACGGACAGAACUAGCCUCAGCCGGACCGGGCCCGCGCUCCACAUCGAGGCCGGCGGCGAGAACGGCGGCGGUGCCCUGCGGCUGCCCGUGUGGUCCCGUGGCCCCCGACGACGGGCGCUGGCCGCCCCCGACCUGCUGGAGGUGCCGGGGCAGACGUGGCGGUCGCUAUGGCGAUCGGAGGAGGAGGAGGGGCUGUGUGUGUACCGCGCCCGAGGGAACCUCCCGCGCCGCGCCGACGGACUGCCCAUCAUCCCGUUGCCCACGGCAACGCUCCGCGGAGAACGCCGCCGGCGAAGGGAGAAGCGUCCGGCCCUCAGGAGGGCUGGGCCAAUGGGCCGGCUCGUCUCAGCAAGCCCCUCCCCACUGGCCCUGAAGUUCCAUCUGGGCCCUUGAUGAGGCUCCUCCCACUUACCCCCCCACUGCCCCAGCACUCACCCCUCCACCUGCCCCCACUGGGGCAACAAGACUCCUCAUCCCGCAGCCAUUCCAUCCUCCCUCACACACACACACACACACACACUUACUCACACUCACACUCACACUCACACACACAAGCCAUUAUAAACAUGUACAGAUGUGUGUGUGUGUGUUCAUGCCAGAGUGAUGUUAGAGUCACGGCCGCCAUCUUGUGCCCCCUCCUCUCUGUGGUCAGUCAGUGUGUUAGAGUCAGGCUCACACUCUCAUCCUAAAGUGUGUGUGUGUGGGGGGGGGUCCAUCAGCAGGAAGCUGGCUCUUGCCGUAACCAUGGCUACCACUGUGCCAAGUGGCAGGCCAGUGAGGUGACAAGAGGUGUGUGUGUGUGUGUGUGUGUGUGUGUGUGUGUGUGUGUGUGUGUGUAUCGCACAGAUCAGCUGAAGGACCGGCCUUCACAUCCAGCCGUGCAAGCUUUUAUUUCUCAUUCAUUGUCAAACCAAAGAGCUUCUCUCCAUCUUUAGGUACCUGACGGGGUGGACAGAGAUGAGCUUUGCCACACACACACACACACACACACACACACACACACACACACACACACACCGCAGAUCACUGACAGGAUGGCUAAAUAAGUUCAGGAGUGUGUGCCGUGAGCAUAGACACAGUACAGCCACCACCAAUGAGGGGCUUGCUAGGAGUUAAGUUUCCUACUGUGUGUGUGUGUGUGUGUGUGUGUGUGUGUGUCUGUGUGUCUGUUUGUCUGUCUCUCUGUCUCUUAAUGUGUGUGUGUGUGUGUGUGGUCAGGCAGCUACAGGUGUUCAUUCAGAAGCCUUUAGCAUCACAGCGCCUCCUAGCUGUUUCCAGAGAGAUCAGCUCAGGCUGAUGUGUGUGUGUGUGUGUGUGAGUGUGUGUGUGAGAGGAGGAGAGAGAUGAGUUCAGGCUGAUGGGCCAUGACGGUGAGCUUGACUCUUACAGCUGGACCUGGUCAACCACUUUAACAGCAUGUCAGGGAGUGGCCACUUUGAGUGUAGGACAUAGUCAAGAACACACUCUUCACAUUUCACCCUGUGUGUGUAGACUACCCCUCUAAACACACGCACACACAUGCCCACGCACGCAUGCACGCACACACAGACACACAGACACACACACACACACACACACACACACACACACACACACACACACACACACACCACUCCUGGUGCCAUUUUCAAAUGAAACCUCCAUUCACCUCCCCUCUGUCCCUCUCCUCUGCGGCCCACCACCCCCCCCUGGUGGCCGGUGCUGCCACUGCGCCCUGCGGAGGCCCCAGCACCAGUGCCCCCCCCCCCCUCCAGCUGCAGGCCCACAGAGGGGGGUCCUGUGUGACGGAAGUUGCCAUGGUGUCUCCCGGGGAACAGAAUGUAUCACAAGUUCUAGAAUGUACACGGAACACUCCGAGGAGCCUCAGGGGUUGCCGGGGGCGAUGAGGCACUGUAGGCUGGGAGAUGGAAGAGAAUGGAACAGGGGGGAGGGACUCCAGGACUGAACUGUCCAAUGGGGAAUGUACCUGUGGGGAAGGGAGGGGCUGUGUGGAAGAGACGUCGUCACUGCCCAAGUGGCCAGGUGGAUGGAUGAACGGAUAGAUGGAUGGAUAGAUGGAUGGAUGGGUGGGUGGUGAGGAUAUUCCUGGAUAUAGGCCUCUCCACUGACUGACCAGCGGGGUGGUAGUGUGUGUGAGUGUGUGUGGCCAUCGAGCUGCAAUGUCACAUUGGUAAGCCCCCCCCCCUUCUCCUAUUCCGUCUUACAGGGCACUCAUGAUAUAUUGGAAUUGUAGUAAACUCACUUAUAAAGUAUAUGUGUAUGUGUGUGUAUACAUGUUCUGACUGCGAGUGUGGUUAUGUGUGUGUGUGUGUGUGUGUGUUCAUGAGAAAAGUGGUUAUGUGUGUAUGUGUGUGGUGUGUUCAUGAGAGAAGUGGUUAUGUGUGUGUGUGUGUGUGUUUAUGUGUUACUUUACUUCAGCCCUCUUCACCAACUCAAGACUUUUGCUCACUCGUGGCUUUGUAGCGUCACACAAAUAUACAUACACACACACACACACACACACACAUACACACACACACCGACUAGGAGCCCUGCAGAGUGUGUGUGUGAGUGUGUUUAGAAUUCUGACUGUGAUCCUCUUGCAAGUGUGUGUUUGGAACCUUAGACCAAUGUUCUUGCUUGUGUGUGUGGGGAGUGAUCCUCAGUGAUCUUCACACACACACAGAAGGGUCCAACCCCCUCCGCUGUACAGCACACAGCACUAGUUAGAUACCCCCCCCCCUCCAUGGGCACCACCGCUUGCUUUCACACAUGCCCCAUGUUAUGUCAGCAUAACUCCCCCACCCCUAGCCCCCCCCCCCACACACACGCACUUACGCACAUACAUUCCGUCGCCCCUGUAUCCACUACUUCAGGUUGGAGUUA